AAAAGUUGGUUCGCCAGUAGCGGAGGCCAGUUCCUCGUCCACGGGCAUGGUUGUUGGUUCGACUACUAUAACCAGAGAACAAAGUUUAGCCGUGGCCCGAGAAUUAGACGCCAUGGUAGAACAGAGCGGGAGUCGAAAUGAAUAUACUGCCAGUAUCGAAGUGCAGGAUGAGAGAGGCAAUCCAAUCAAAUUUUCUUUAUCGUCAAAAAGGGCCAAAUAA